AUGGAAGAAAAAAGUAAACGAGGAGAUGUAGAUGAUUAUUCUGUUAUGGAGAAUGACCUUUAUAUUGAAAAAGUACUUUUAUUUCAACAAAGGGAAUGUUGUUCAGCAACACAUAUCAAUGUACCAAAAUGUAAAAAAUUUCUUACACGAAUUGUUGCUGCAAUGAAUAAAGGAGAUAUUUUUAAUGAUGAAGAAUCUACGGAAAUUUUCUUUGCAUUAACUAAAUUAUUUAUGUCAAAAGAUUUAACAAUGAGAAGAUUGUUAUAUGUCGUUCUUAAUGAUAUGAUUCCUUUGACAUCAAAUUCAUUUAUAAUUGUUAAUAGUGUAUCAAAGGAUCUUAGUGAUAAAAUUGAUUCAUUUAGAUGUAGUUCAUUACGUUGUUUGAGUAGAUUAAUGACUCCACAAAUAGCUCCAGCUAUUGAGAGGUUUUUCAAACAAACAUUAGUUGAUAGUAAUUUAUCAGUACAAAUAGCUUCAUUAAUUUGUUGUCUUAAAUUACCUAUUGAUAUUGUUCAAAAAUAUUUACCAGAAAUAAAUUCAUGUGUAGAUAGUCCUAAUGCAUUAGUACAAUAUCAUGCAACUCGUUUAUUUUUCUAUGUAAAACAAAAUGACCAACAUUCAUUAUUAAGAUUUAUUACAACUAAAGCUACAACAAUCACUUCUUGUUUUGCCCAAAUGGAAUUAAUAAGAACAGCAUUAAAAUUAUACCAACAAAAUACAACAAAAGAUGAAAGUAUGAUAAAUUUCAUUGUUAAUAUUACAUCAGGUGCAACUGAUAUGAUUAUUGUUGAAUCACUUCGUGCAUUACUUAAAGUAAAUCAUACUAAAGGACUUAUUAAACUUACACCAAAACUUCAAAAAUUAUUACAAUCAUCUUCAACAUGUACAAAAUUUGCAGGUAUUAGAAUUGUUAAUGAAUUAGCUGUAAAAGCACCAGAAGUAAUUGUUACUUUAAGAAGUGAUAUUGAGUCAUUAAUAAAAGAAAAAAAUCGUGCUAUUGUUACUUUAGCUACUUCAGCUGCUUUAAGAAUUGCUACAGAAAAGAAUAUAGAAAAAUUAUUAAAGAAAAUUGGUAAAUUCAUUCAAGGACUUCCAGAUACAUUUAGAAUACAAGUAUUAGAUACUAUUGAACAAACAGCUACAAAAUAUCCAAAUAAACAUUCAUUUUUAUUAAAUUUCCUUGGAGGGUUAUUAGGUAUUAAAGGAAUUAAAUUUGUUAAUGCAGUUAUAUCAGUGAUGUAUAAUAUUUGUUGUGUAUCAACUGAGUUCAAAGAACAAAUGUUACUCAUCUUAGGAGAUUUUAUUGAAGAUUGUCAAUAUGAACAAAUUAUUCAAAGAGUUAUUAAUAUUAUGGGAGAAAUUGGACCAGAAUGUAAUAAUCGCGUUAAAUUAAUGAGAAUUAUUUAUAACAGAAUUAUAUUAGAAGGUCCAAAUGUACGUGCUACAGCUGUUUCAGCAUUAUAUAAAUUUAUUAAAAAUGAAGAAGAUGUGAAUAAUGUAAAAGAUUUAAUGCAAAAAUGUGUUAAUGAUGAAAAUGAUGAAGUAAGAAGUCGUGCAUUAUUUUAUCUUAAUAUUAUAAAUUCACAAAUUACUACAACAUUAGAGAAAUGUAUUAUUGAUGAUUUCCCAUUUGAUAAUAUUGAAAUAGCAUUAAAUCAAUAUAUUGAAACAGGAAACUUUGAGACAGAGUUUUCAUUUGAUUCAAUUAGUAAAGUUACUCAAGAACAAAUUCAAAACCAAGAAGAAGAACAAAAGAAUCAACAAAUUGAAAAUGAAAAUCAAAAGAAAAUGGAAGAAAUAUUUGGUAAUUUAGGUAAACCAAUUAAAAGUUGUCCUGAAAUAUUAAUUAGUGGAAUUGAUACUGAAUAUCAAGUUUCUGUAACAAAGAUAUUAUAUGAAAGACAUAUUGCUUUAAAAUGUAUGAUCAAAAAUACACUCAAUGAAUAUCAAUUAGAAAAUGUUACAAUUAAUAUUACUGGACAACUCAAACAUUAUAAAAUGGUUAAAAAUAUUAAAAUUAAUAAUCUACCACCACAAUGUGAAGAUAUGGCUGUUAUUAUACUUGAAAAAGAUAAAAAUGAACCAGAAAAUAUUCCAUUACAAAUGACUUAUACAAUGAGAGAAAUUAAUACUAUUACUGGAGAAUUAACAGAAAGUGUACAAGAAGAUGAAUAUCCACUAGAUUCAAUUCAAAUUAAAAUGGCUGAUUUUAUUCAAGAAUAUCAUGUUGAAAAUUGGAAUGAAGAAUGGAAUAACAUUCCUGUACAAAAUGAAAAGAAAACAGUUAUUAAAUUCCCAAAUGUUUCUACAAUUAAAGAAGCUGUUGAAAAAAUAAAAUUACAUUUUGACUUAAGAGUUGUUGAUGGAAGUGAUGUUGUUUCUGAAGGUGCUAGAAAACAUAUUUUGUAUUUGGCUGGAAUGAUGAAAGGUGAAGUAGUCAUGAUUCGGGUAAGGCUGAUGAUUGAUAAAACCAAUCAAGUUCCAAUUGAAGUAUGUAUUCGUUCUCCAUCACUGGAACUAUCACAAAGUCUUUAUGAAACUUUAUAA